CUGUGCCGCUCUGGCGUGUGUCUGCGAAGCAGCAGUCGCAGCAGUCAGCCUCGGCAGUUCCACCGCUGUCAGCGUGUGUUGACGUGUGCGUGCGUGUGUGCGGUGGUGGCUGAUCUCGCGAUAUAUUAUAUUACUUAUGUUGUAAGAUUCGUUAUAUAUAGGUGUAAAAGUGCGAAAGUUCGACUCGCGGUCUGUGCUGCUGCAGCGUAGUGUGUAUCAACGAUCCAACACCGACUCGUCGACAUCAUGUCAUUGAGAAAAAAGUUGUAAACUAUUCGUAAUAAAAUACUCUCGCGUCGUUACCUGUAAAUCAUCACCCGCAAUAAUAAACGAAAAGUAACAUAAAGCCCGGACACCAUCAUGAUCGUCGAGUCCGAGAAGAGCAAGGAGAAUCGCGAGAUUCUGACGGUGGUGCUGCUCUGUCUGCUCUGGUACGCCUCGUCGUCGUCGAGCAACGUCGUCGCCAAGGCGCUGCUCUCGGACUUCCCUUACCCGAUGACGGUGACGAUGGUGCAGCUGCUCACCAUCACCCUGUGCUCGGGGCCCGUGUUCCGCGCCUGGGGCGUGCGCAAGACGUCCUCGACCCUGAUCACCUGGAAGUAUUACCUGAAGCUCAUCGUUCCCCUGGCUUUCGGCAAGUUCCUGAGCAACGUCUUGAGCCACGUCAGCAUCUGGAAGGUCCCGGUGUCGUACGCCCACACGGUUAAAGCCACGAUGCCACUGUUCACUGUUGUGCUAUCCAGGCUGAUACUGUCCGAGCAUCAAACCAAAAGAGUCUACUUGAGUCUGCUGCCAAUCGUCUGCGGUGUGGCUAUUGCGACAUUGACAGAGCUUAGUUUUAAUUUUACAGGACUUUUUAGUGCUCUGGCAUCGACUCUAGCCUAUUCUUUACAGAAUAUUUUCUCAAAAAAGGUACUACAUGAUACCGGUAUUCAUCAUCUGAGAUUGCUUCUCAUUUUGGGUCGUUUAGCACUUAUUCUAUUCAUACCAGUUUGGUUGGCAUUUGAUGUUAAAAAUCUUAUGCACGAUCCAGUUACGGGUGCUCCUAUUGAUAUAUCAACGCGAACUAUAGUACUUCUUGUUUUGGAUGGUUUUUUGAACUGGCUUCAAAAUAUCAUUGCUUUUUCUGUUAUGUCUUUAGUUACACCACUGACAUAUGCAGUUGCUAGUGCAAGCAAACGAGUAUUUGUCAUAGCAGUAACACUAUUUAUUUUAGGCAAUCCAGUUACAGGUCUCAAUAUAUUUGGUAUGGUACUUGCUAUUCUUGGAGUACUUUGUUACAAUAAAGCUAAGUACGAUCAGAAGCAAGAAGAAAAAAGAAAAAGUUUACUGCCUAAGUUCUAUAAUCCUAUGCAAAAUGGAAAUGGAAACUUUAUGGUUAAUGCAAAUCAUAAUGUAUAAAGUCUACUCAAAAGUAUCAUAUAAAUGUGUAAAAGUGAAGUGAUUCUGAAAUGACUCUUUAUUAUGAAAAUAGAUUAUAUUCAAUUCGAGACCAUCCAAAAAUUUUGAAUGGGACCUUUAAAGUAAUAGAGUAUUGAAAGUUUAGAUAGAUUCAAAUAUUGAAUAAGAUAUGGAGUGUGUAAAUAGUUGAAUAUGUAAUUGUUACGUAAAAUCAAUUUUUAACAAAUCUUCUACAUUUGUGCAAUUUAUAAAAUUUUUACGUUUUAUUACUAAUGAGCUAUA